AUGGACUCGCAGGGCAAGGCUGUCGAGCCUGUGUUUCCCGGCGGCAACAGUGGCGAGCCUGACUCCCGAUGGACGGGGGGUAGUCGGCCACCGGGUGUCACGUCUUCCCGCAUGACGGACUUGGACAUGGCGACCGAUGACGGAGGUGGGGGAGGCGCCUCCGGUCGCGACAAACCUGUGGAUGCCGGAUCACGACCUGCCACUGCCAGGACUGGUACCUCAUCCCACGGACAACCGCAGCCUGGACAAAAAGGCUCGAUUUUGGGCGUCCAGGCGAAGCGGGCGAGUAAUGCUAGCACGACCACCGCGCGGCAAGCACCAAGUCUGACAUCCCGUAGCCACGUCCCCUUGCUGACCCCAGGAGCCUUCUUCCGGCCGAUGAGCUCUCAGAAACUCCAAGCACAGCGAGGCGCUGGUCUUGUUCGACCAGUUCCCGCGAACCAGCAGCUCCAGCCGCGAGCUACCGCUACCCUUGACGAUGAUCAGACGGAUGCUGGCGGGAGCGUCAUCGAUGGGCCGAUAAGCGACAACACCAUGCAGAAUAUCGCCUUUUUGAAACGAGAGUUGAGUGGGUCAGGCAGCUUGCGCGUUCCCCCAUCCCGAGGCACCGAAGUCACGGACCAAGGAACCGCCGAUCGCAUCACCGCUACCGCAAGCCCGACUGCCGGCCACUACCCAGCAGGCAGUCUGUCGGAUCGUGCCCGGCUGUUGCAGGGAAAGGCUGAUCAGGAGAGAAACCCGGACACGAUGGUGGAUAGGACCUUUAGGGACCACGCCAAUCUUGCCAGCCCGAUCAAAUCCCCAAGAUCGUUUCGCUCAAACUUUCUUCUUCCCGGAAGAAUCGAAUCAGCACAGGGGAGCGAAAACCGGAGCACCGACGGCGCCGAGAAACUUUCGUCGAGGGCCUCGUCGCCUCCAUUUCCCCCAGCAGAAUCGCACUCGAGGCCCAAGCCCCCGGCGGCGCAACCGGCCGGAAAGAGUGUCGGUCGCGUGCACCAGUACUUUGACGGAAACACCGUCUUUUGCCUGGGGGGCCGGUGGCAAAACACCAGGCACACCCCGAUCAACAUCGCCACGGGCCUGUUCGUCGUCCUUCCGUGCGCCCUUUUCUUUGGGUUUGAGGCCCCUUGGCUGUGGCAAAACAUAUCACCGGCCAUUCCCAUUUCGUUUGCCUAUCUGGCUUAUAUCUGCUUAUCCUCCUUUAUCCAUGCUUCCUUGUCAGAUCCGGGUUUCCCCCCCCCGGAUUUUGACGAUGCUCUUCGUCUGAGUCCCCCCACCAAUGAUUGGACAUUGGUCAAGUCAGCCGAAUCAUCCGCAGCAGCUAUGGAAGUUCCGAUCAAGCACUGCCGGACUUGCAACAUCUGGCGUCCACCCCGUGCUCACCAUUGCCGCCUGUGCGACAACUGCGUAGAGGGCCACGAUCAUCAUUGCGUUUGGCUCAACAAUUGCGUGGGUAAACGAAACUAUCGCUAUUUCUUCACAUUUGUCACGUCGGGAACAUUGCUAGCCGCAUACCUGAUCGGCGCCAGCUUGACGCAGAUCCUGGUAUACACGCGGCGCGAGGGACUGUCUUUCUGGGAGGCAGUCGAUCAUUUCCGAGUGCCCUUUGCUUUGGUUAUCCUCGGAGCCUUGUCAUUUAUCUAUCCCGGCGGCCUUAUGGGCUACCAUUUGUUCCUCAUGGCACGCGGAGAAACCACUCGCGAGUACAUCAACUCGCACAAGUUCGCCAAGAAGGAGCGGUUCCGGGCGUACAACCAAGGGGGUUGGCUAAAGAACCUGAUUGCCGUGCUUGGCCGCCCCCGAUCACCGUCUUACUACCAAUUCAAGAGCAAGUACAAGGCGGGUGAUCAGCGCCUCGGUGCCCACCAUGCGCAGCGAAGACGGAAGAAUUCUCAGGGACUCGAACUCGACUCGGUGCCAUCAUCAACAGCCGCAGGCUUCCAAGGGCCAGCCGAGUUGCGGGCACAAAGUCGUUGA